CACCAUGUCCAUCCUGCAGAAGAUUGCCGACAUCGAGGCCGAAAUGGCCAAGACGCAAAAGAACAAGGCGACGAACUACCACCUGGGGUUGCUGAAGGCGAAGCUGUCCAAGUUAAAGGCGCAGCUAAUCGAGGGAGGGACCAAAGGAGGAGGAGAAGGAGAGGGCUUCGACGUUUCCAAAACGGGAGAUGCGAGAAUAGGUCUAGUAGGAUUCCCCUCAGUAGGGAAGUCCACCCUGCUGAACAAAUUAACGGGGACCUUUUCAGAAGUAGCUUCAUACGAAUUUACAACGUUGACAUGUGUGCCAGGGAUUUUUAAAUAUAAAGGAGCCAAAAUGCAAUUACUAGAUUUGCCAGGAAUUAUAGAAGGAGCAAAGGAUGGAAAGGGAAGAGGAAAACAAGUCAUUGCAGUAGCGAAGAGUUGCUCCCUCAUUUUGAUUGUCCUGGAUGUACUAAAGCCAUUAACCUUCAAAAAAAUAAUAGAAAAAGAAUUGGAAGGGUUCGGAAUUAGGUUAAAUAAAAAGCCACCAAAUAUUAUUUUCCAAAAGAAAGACAAAGGAGGAAUCAACAUCACGCACACGGUGCCACUGAACAAUAUUGAUGAGGAUAUGAUAAAGUCCAUAUGCCAUGAGUACAGAAUAAUGAAUGCCAAUAUUUCCAUACGAUGUGAAGCUACAGUAGAUGACAUCAUCGAUGUUAUUGAAGGGAACAGAUUAUAUGUCCCUUGUAUUUACGUUUUAAAUAAAGUGGACCAAAUCACUCUGGAAGAAUUAGAAAUCGUCACUAGGCUUCCUCACAAUGUCCCUAUUUCUGCCCACUUAGAAUGGAAUCUAGAUGGCCUUUUAGAAGCCAUUUGGAACUACCUAGAUUUGGUUAGAAUUUACACCAAACCGAAGGGGCAAAUUCCGGACUAUGAAUCGCCGGUUAUUUUGAAGAAGGAACGAUCCAAGGUGGAAAAUUUCUGCAAGAAAAUCCACAGAUCCCUAGUCAACCAGCUGAAGUAUGCCCUAGUUUGGGGCAAGUCCGUCAAGCACAACCCGCAGAAGGUGGGCAAGGACCACGAGUUGAACGAUGAGGAUGUCGUUCAGUUGGUGAAGAAAGGGUCAAGACAAUUCUGCAGAUAUCCAGCACAGUGGCGGCCGCUCGAGUCUAGAGGGCCCGCGGUUCGAAGGUAA